GAAACAUUUGCUUCAGACUAUAUGCUCCUAGUUUUAUUUUAAUUGUACUGUAUCAAUGGAGAGAUAUAAUGCCGUUUUGUUCUUAGUCGUUAGCUUUUGGAUAUUUAAAUACAAAGCAGCACAAGAAACUGCAAAACAGAGUAGCGGCGAUGCACGUGUAAUUGGACUUCUUGUCGGAUUUUUCUCCCUACUUGGUUUUAUAGCAAUUUUUGCCGCAAUAUGGUGUUACUGCUGCCACUACGAAAACAAUAAAUCUAAAGAUAGAUUACCGGUCAGGAAUGUUUCCGUAAGGCCAAUGGUUUUACCUGACAAAACUCCUUCCACAAGUUUCAAACCACAGGACAAAACAGAUGACAGCAAAACACCAGAUGACCUGCAACCCGAGAACAUUAUUCUGCCAGGUGAAAACAGAAUCGAGGCUGAUGAUGACGUAAAACACGAGCACAAUACUGAUGAUGACGUACAGCACGAGAAUAAUACUGAUGAUGGAACCCAACUUGAAUCAUAUAGACAAUAAAUGUAUCCAUGGGAGGGUUUUUAUUUUACCAUAUAUAAACAAUAAAGUUAGCAUAAUUAUUUAACUUUUUGAUACUGAUAUUCCUGUUAUUGGUUACGUUUGUAACAAAAUCACAAAGAACUGAAACUCUUACGGUAAAAAUAAAUAAGCAAUUUUAAUCAGUUAUAUCGACCAUAUUAUGAAUAUAUUUUUUUCAAUAUAAGGAAUAAAUACUUUUUAUUUGUAUCAACUUUUUGUUGCAAACAGCCCAUACAGUAGGUUUAAAACAUCGUAGUUACCCAGCUACAAGCGGUUUGUUAUAAAAUGAAUUUUGUUUUGUGGUUUUUUAUCAGUUCAACGCUAACAUCUGA